AACGGUUAAUGUGGUGUGAGAGAUCAAAACAGAUUCGGUUGUAGGAAACCUCAUUUGUCAACAACCACUUUACGGAAGACUGAAACACUGCGAGUACGACUAGCAAUCCACUGUCAAGUGCGCUCACCGAAACGCAGAAGGCUAUGGAGCUCCUGCAUGCACUGGCUGCUCUCUUUGUCCUAACUUUUUCUGCAGUGCCAGUAAAUGCUGACUCACAAUGCAUUCCUAAAAGCUUUGGAUAUGACAGUAUUGUAUGUGUCUGCAAUGCCACAUACUGUGAUGAAUUUGAAACAGUAACACACUUUCCAUCUGGAAAGUAUUUAUUGUAUACAUCAACAAAAGAUGGCCUCCGCUUUAAGAAGAGUGUUGGUUCCUUUUCUCCAAGAAAAGGUGUCUCUUGCCUGACACUGCAAGUUGAUAGAGGUACUAAAUAUCAAACUGUCAAGGGCUUUGGAACUGCAUUUACUGACUCUGCUGGGAUUAAUGUAUUUUCCCUUUCACCAGAUGCUCAGCAAAAUCUCAUGAGGUCUUAUUUCACAUCCUCUGGUAUCAGCCUGAACAUGGGAAGGGUGCCAAUAGCUGGAUGUGACUUUUCUAUACGUGGCUAUACAUAUGAUGAUUAUGAAAAUGAUACUCAGCUUACAAAAUUUAAUUUGACAUGGGAGGACUACAAUCUUAAGAUGCCUUUGAUUAAAUGGGCCCAGAAUCUAAGGAACCAAACCCUGAAGUUGAAAGCAGCAGCAUGGAGUCCACCCAUAUGGAUGAAAACAAACCAUGAUUUUAUUGGUGCCUCUCUUCUCCUCGACCAGUAUUACCAGACAUGGGCUGAUUACCAUAUAAAAUUCCUUGAUGCCUACAAAGAAAAUGGUAUUGAGUUUUGGGCAGUGUCUACAGGAAACGAACCAGCAAAUGGUAUAGGUAUUAUACUAGUGGUUAACUCACUUGGAUGGACACCACAAGGACUAAGAAAGUGGACUGUUGAAAAUUUGGGUCCUUCACUGCGUGCUUCCCAACACAGCAAUGUUAAGAUUCUUGUUCUUGAUGAUCAACGCCCGUAUUUGCCUUGGGUGCUAGACAAGAUUAUGGAUGAUAAAAGGAUGCAGAAAUAUGUUGAUGGUAUUGCUGUCCAUUGGUACUAUGAUAAAACAUCUCCAGCUCAGUUAUUAACUGAAACACAAAAGAAAUACCCCACCAAAUUCAUUAUAUCAACAGAGGCUAGCAUUGUUACUCUUAUGCCAAAUGUCAGCAAAGUGAGACUUGGUGACUGGUCAAAUGGAGAAGCUUACUUGACAGACAUGAUACAGGAUUUCACACACUGGGUUACUGGAUGGUAUGACUGGAAUCUUGCAUUAAACCAGGAAGGUGGCCCUAGCUGGUUAGAAAGCCAUGUUGAUUCUUCAAUUAUUGUGAAUGCAAAAAAUGAUGAAUUUUAUAAGCAGCCUUUGUUUUAUGCUCUUGGCCACUUUUCUAAGUUUAUUCAUGAAGAUUCAGUAAGGAUUGAUAUUGUGCCAAACAAUAAAAAUGGAAUUAGAACUGUGGCAUUCACAACUCCAUAUAAUGCAACAGCUCUUGUCAUCUCCAAUAAGAGAGAUCAUAAUACAAAGGUAACAAUUGCAGACCCGGAUCGUGGCUACAUUACUAUUUCAGUUCCCAAGAGAUCUUUCAACACUCUAAUGUACUGGUAAUGUACAUGUGUGGCACUUUUAAUAGUGCCUGGAAUUUGUGGGAAUGAUGACUAAAAUUGUUGAAGGAUAUGGAAGCUUAAGAUCUGUAUAAAAAUGUUAAAUCUAUUUUUUUCUUACACAAUAAAGAACACAAGUAAUGAUUAAAAAACCUAUUUUGUUACAACAAGUACAAACACAUUAACAAAAUAGUGAUGUUUUUACUUUUUUACCCUCAGAUAGCUAAACCAGUAAGUAAGUUUCCAAAUGAACAGUACAGUAUUCUUUGUCAGUGUUUGUAGUAGUAUUCCUGGUGAACUGUAGAAUUUGUAAAGCUUUAGUUUCAAAUCAACCGUCAUCUGUUAUUGUGCUAAUACAGUAGCCUCCUUUGAAAUCUAAGUUAGUGGACUGCAUGUAGUCUAUGAAAUGAGAUAAAGUCACUGCAUGUAGACAUACACAUGUAACAUCAAACAUUUACACGUAAUAAAGAUUAUUUACACAAUA